AUGACGACGAUGAGAAGAACGUUUAAUACUACUAACGUCUUCUCAUUAGUCGCGUGGUUCUUCGUCUUCUUCUUUUCGCUCUUUCUUUCUGUGGACGACAAAAGCAGCGGCGCUUUUGUGUCCGCGUUUUCGAGCAAACCAGUCGCGAAACCGACCGAUGUGUUCUUCGCAUCAUCUUCUGUCGCGUCCAAAAAGAAAGCAGACGCGGCUUCGAAUUCGAAUUCGUCGUCGGGAAAGAAGAAGAGCAACAACGACGUCGUCGUCGUCGAAAUGGGCACCAAAGAGGAUUACGAGAGAGAACACCAAUCAUCUUUUUCGUCCGUGUCUUCUUCUUCUGCGUCGUCGAGCAGAGAAAGAACGAGCGAGAGUGCGCCAUCGGGGAAAAAUCAUCCGCGUCGCGUCGGUCCGAAAUUAGAAGAUGGUGAAGACGAAAAGGACGAGACAAACGCGGUGGAGUUGACGCGCGCGUCUCUCCUGAAAACACCGACAGAGUUUAAACGAGAAAUGAAACGGGAAAAGAGCGAAAAAGAAAGACGAAAAGAAGAAGCCGCGUUGGCGUGGUUCGAGAACACGCACCCGAGUUCGCAAUAUAAAAUGGACGAGUUCGAGAGAAGACAAAAGGAGAAAGAGGAGUUCGACGCGAAGAUGCGCGAGGAAAGAGAGAAGGAAGAGAAACGGUUGACGAAGAAAAUAGAGUGGUUCGACGAUCCGGUGAAAGAGGACGACGACGAUUUAUGGAUCGCAGAUCGCAGGUGGCAAUACGACAAGAACGAUCCUUUGAUGGAUUUCGAGGAUUACGAACACGACCAGACCGAAGAGGAGAAGAAAAUCGACUACGGCGAGCUUUUAUUGAAACGCAUUAAAAAGAAGGUGACUUCGAUGAAAACAGUGGAAGAUUUAAUCACGUACCAGAAGGAUUUAAUGUCCAGUUACGGGAUUUUGAACGCCGAGAAGGCGGUAGAAAAGCAAAAGGAAGCGGAAAAUGAUCAAGCGGCUGAGUUGGCGAAAAAGGAAAUCGAGGAGAAUCCGGCAAAGGCGACGAAAUCGGCGGCGUUUGCGCUCGACGCGGAGUUGUUUGAGAAGGCGCUGCAACGCAAAACGGAGAGAGAAGCAGAAGCGAGAGUGCAAAAGAAAACGAAGAACCGAAACUUGGACUACAACCGCAAGCUUUUCGAGAAGGCGAUGGCGGCGAAGAAAGCAAGAGAGGAGCAACAAAAACGACGAUAG